AUGGAAAAAACAUUUACGUUUCAUGUUCAUUUACCAAAAUAUGUCGAAAAAUGUGGAAUUCCUAUAGUUCUUGGUAAUGUAAAAGAAUUAGGACUUUGGAAAAAUCCCAUUGUACGACUUUCUCAACCAUUUCCUCAAAAUCCAACAUAUUGGCAAUCUAAUCCGAUUACUAUUUCGUUAUCAAAUUCUGGUAUUCAGUACAAAUUUGCUGUUUUUUUGACGCCCAUUAUUCCUGGGGAAACAAAAGUUGCAUUCGAAGGAUUCAGUAUUAAAGACAGUCGCACUUUGGAUAUUAUAAGAAAUGAACAAUUCGGUAUAUGGAAAAAUAAUGAAUUUCUUUUGUUAUCCAAUACUAUAGACGACUUUGCUUUCGUUGAUUGUAUUUAUAAUACUAUCACAGAUAAUAACCUUAAAGACAAAGUUAUGGAAUAUCAGCAUUUAUUAACUAUUUACAAUGAUUUUAUGAUUCGCGCGUCAAAUCUUGAAUUUAUUGUCAAUCGUAUUGAUGACAGAUCAAGAGAACAACGACUCUUCAUAUGUCUUCUCUUGGGGUAUUAUAUAUCAAGUCAAGAAAAGAAUUAUGAAUUACCAACUUUAUUUCCUUCUGGACUUCUACUUGAUGCACUUGAGAACUAUAAACAAGAAACAUUACCUUCAGACAGCAAAGAUAAAAUGCACAUCGCUAUUACAACUUUAGUUCAUCAUAAUGCUUUCCAGAUGAAAUUUAAUUGGCUUAAUAUUUUUAAAAUUAAUGCAGAAGUAGAUCCCGGCGGUACCUUUAUUGAUCGUUUACAGGCUUUAAGGUUUUCCAGUGACAAUUUAUUAGCAAAAUUUAUUGAAGAGGUUGAAAUUAUUAGUACUUAUAUUAAAGACAUUGAUUUUGAAACUUAUGUUAAACUUUCCAAGUCGUUUAUUGAUCGAGUUCGGGAAAAUAUUUCUCAUGACGAUGCUGUUUCCUUAGAGUCCAAUUUUAAAAGAAUUCACAAACUUUAUAAGGAUGAUAUUUCUGGUGCCUUCCGAAGUCACGCUUUAUUUUUACUCGAAAGCCCAGUUAGAAGGUGGACCAAUCAGAAUAUUUUGGCUAUACGAAGACUUCUUCAGAAUGAUGAUCUUAACUGGCGUAGUGAUGACAUAAUACUUUCAUUGGAGUUGAUAUCACAAUCUCAUAGUUUGGAAUUAUUAAAUAUAUUUCCGGAACUUUUGGAUGAUUGGUUUCGCAGUGAUUUUUCUGAUACUAAAAAAAAGGUUAUACCAAACAUUUGCGUAAAUUGGUUUACACUUAUUUUGACUAAACUUUGUACAACUGAGGAAAAUACUUCAAAUGAAAGUAACUUUAUUUAUACGGUAUUUGAACGAUUAGAACGUAUGUAUCCUUUGCUUGGUAAUAGGAUUAAUAUAUGGCGAGAUAUGACAAACAUUGCCAUAGAAAGAGUAAAGGGAUGUUCUGAACUUCGAAUUUAUGCUGCAACAAAAUUUAUAGUGAGAAUAAAACCAGAUGAUGUCAAAAAAUUAUUUUUAGAUAUGGUAAAAGAAAUAUUAAAUAAGAACGUUCAACAAAUUGAUGUUAAGUUACUACAUAAAAUAUUUUUAAUUUGUGAUUGCAAAGGAAAAUUUCUUGAAAUUCCGAAUUCGAUGAGUGAAGAUCUUUUGUAUCAUAUAAUGACUAUAUUACAAGAACAAUCGACAGCAUCUAGUCAUUCGGAGUAUGAUUUAAUUACUUUAAAAGCAACUAGAUUUUGGAAUAUUAUAUUACGCGCUAGUGGAAGUGUCUCAAAACUUAAUGCAAAUUCAUUUGUCAAAAAUACUAAAAUUUCUAUCAACGAACUCGCGGGAUUACUUCUCGAAAAAAUGAUUGAUAUAAAAUUGUUGCAACAAAUUUUAGAAUAUCCUGAUGAUAAAUUAUUUCAACAUUUCGAUGCAGCUGUUGCCAAAAAGAAAACUUUAGGUGACGUGGUCGUCUCUCGAGAAGAAAUUGCUAAACUUAGAAAACUUUGUAAGGAUUAUCAACAUCAACUCGAUAUACUUUUCAAAUUUUAUAGCGGAUUUUGUUCGUAUAUUCAAGUAAUAGAUGUAAAUGCUUACAUUUUGGACCUACAACAACAUAUGCAAAAUUCACACAAAGUUAAGUUGAAACAAGUAUUAACAUCGGAUUACUGGGCUUUCCAUGAGAAAACGUUAGAAAGUGCAAGACGUUGCUACAAAUAUAACAAUUUCCAAACAUUCAGGAAUAUCUUUGAAGCUUGUCUCCGGGAAGAUGCUGCUGCAACAAGUGUAGAAUAUAUAGCUCAAAAAUUGAUGCCUGCUGUUUUUGACAGAUGUCUCAUGAUGUGUAAUCAGUUUAAGGAAUGGGAAAAACUCAAAUGUUCAGAUGCAUCUUUGCUUUGGAAAAAUGUUACGAAUGUUAAUGCUGAGCUCGAUUUAAUGGAUGGUUAUAAAUCCUAUAAAAGCCAAAGAUUUAUACAAACUCUUGAUCAUCUUUCAAAAAUUCCUCACUGGAUUGAGCGAUUAGAACAAUUAGAAAAGGCUGUAGAAAUUUUCAGAAUACCUCAUAAUAAAGACGAUUGGUUGUCGAAAUUAAUUAGUAUUUUAAAAGAUGACUCUAUGAAGCUUGGUCAAAUGAACAAUUUUUUUGAUUACAUUGAUAGUAAUCUUUCCAAUGUUAAUAAUGAUUGUUGGAAAUUAAUAAGAGAAUUAUCAAAUGCUGAUGAUUUUAUGAGUUUCUUAAGGAAUAUUGCCCAACAUGAUUUUAAAAAUUUGAUUAAUGGGGACGAUGAUCAUUCAGAUGAAAGAUUGAUCGAAGAGGAUACUGUUACUUCGCUUAUUCAGGUCAAACAAUUUUUAAUUCCUCUUAUGGAUAGAAGUAAAAUGGAAACCAUCACCUAUUUUCUGGAAGUGUUGCUAGAAGUUAUCAAGAAGAAUUCAACUCUAGGAGAAAUGAUUGCAUUAUGUAAUAAUAGCAACAUGGCAUUGCAAAACAUGCACAUCAACAUCUUAAAUCGUGGCGAAGAUACAAAAGAAAAAAUUAAGAAUGCUGUAACCAAUGGGACUUUUACUUUUUUUACACGCAACCCAAAAGACGAUAAAUGUUUAGUCUCAUUAAAAUAUCCCUCUAAAACAAACGUGAUGUAUAAUCUGAACGAUAUUUUGGAUUUACGUGGACGAGCUCUUUUAAUCGCCAAACCAAAAACUACA